GCGCAACCGUCAUGGAUAGACUACUGUUAUUAGUUACGUUGGUGUGUGGAACGCAGGCGUUCUACAUGUUCGGUCAUGAAUUCUCAAGGACAAGACUCGGCGAUGCCAUCGACAAGACCUCCUUGAAGAUUCUUAAGGAAUCCUACAACCUAGCUGACGACAAGAAUGUGAUAGCGUCUCCUCUCGGCGUGAUGCUGCUGCUUUCCUUGUACGAGUCUGGAGCCGGUGCACAGUCCAAGGAAGAGAUCAGGGAAAUCCUUGGGGGAGGGGAGGCUCAAGAGUCAUCACACACAUACGGAUUAUUAAAUCAGCGUUACGCAGAAUUCGACCCGAAAUUCUUGACUGUCGCCAAUAAAAUAUACGUUUCCGACCAGUAUAAGUUGGCCGACGCGUUCUCCAGGACAGCGAAUCUGUUCAGAAGCGAAGUGGACAACAUUAACUUUGGAGAUCCAAAGAAUGCCGCUGAUAUCAUCAACCGUUGGGCGGACGAACAGACUCAAGGACACAUAAAGACUCCUGUCAGCGAAGACAAAAUUGACCCCGCCACGGCCGUUGCAAUGUUUAACGUCAUUUUCUUCCAGGGGCACUGGCACGUUCCGUUCAACGCAAGUGAAACAGAAGAAAAAGAUUUCCACGUCGAUGAAAAAACGACCAUCAAGAAACCGACAAUGCGUCUCUUACAGUCUUUGUUUUACACUGAAAACGAAGAAUUGGGUGCAAAGAUGAUAGAGUUACCGUAUAAGGAGCCAGGAUUCCGUAUGGUCGUGGUUCUGCCCGACAAAAUUGACGGACUACCUGCAGUGCUGGAGAAAGCUGCUGAAAAGGGUCUACUUGAAGACGUAUUUAAUCUAUCUCCCGCCGGCAGAGACAUCGAAUUAGAGAUACCCAAGUUCGAAAUACGCAGCGGACUGGACCUUAAUAUUAUUUUACCUAAGGUUGGGGUGUCAAAGAUAUUCCAAGAGCCAGCACCUGGCAUUGUUAAGAAUGACCAAGUUGUAGUCUCUAGAGCUUUCCAAGAAGCUUUCGUGAAAGUCGACGAAGAAGGCGCUACUGCAGGAGCUUUUACAGGGCUGAUUGCCGUGCCGACAUCUUCGCUAUCCAGACCGCCACCAUCUCUACCGUUCAAAGUAGACCAUCCAUUCCUGUUCCUAAUUCUUCACGAAGACAAGAUACUCUUGCUGGGACACACACACAUUAAAAAUUGCAUUUGUUUUUGAUUAUUUAUGGAUAAUAAAUAAACGCUUUUGUUU